AUCUCAGAUCAGUUUUUAAAUCGCCAUUGUGCGGUGUGGACCUACUGGCAGAUGCUUGCUCUAGCAAACGGGAAGACUUCCUUGGAUGUAUAGGCGCACGGUUUUACGAAGAAUUGUUGAAGCAAAUGGAUUGGUUUGUGGAUGCAGUGAACGAAUAAACUCUCAGGAAGUGACUUAUUGGAUGGGGAAAAGCGUAAAAGGAAUAUAAUACGUGAUCAAGACACAGUGAAUUUAUGAAGAAUUAGUGGAAUUCGAAUAUCUGAAGAUACUCAUGAAAAUCUCUACGAAAAUUCAAGUGAAAGUGAUUUUAAAUCGAGAGCCGUUGGUAAUGGUGUAGUGUGUUGCUAUCCUUCGAAUUCGUCAUCAAGAACAGAAAAACCUCGAAAACUCCGUACCAGACAACAAAGAGGAUUCCCAAUCUUCUUCAUCACCAUUUGCAUUGUAAUCCUUCAGAAUGCAGAACUUUGAUUCCGUAAUGUCGAUGACGGCGACACAACAGCAGCCGGCAGAACAGCAGCAACAGCAGCAGCAGACGGCAACACCGAAUGGCGGUUGGUUUGAUUUAACGAUCAAAUCGGAACCUCUAGACUACCAUUCAUCACAUCAUCUACCGCUUCAACAUCAUCACCUCCAUCAUCAUCAUCAGCAUCACCAGCACCUGCAUCAGCAGCAGACGCAGCAAGACACAACGCUCCUGUCGAGCGAUGCCCACUCGAACCCAACGUCACCACAGAGCGUAGACAGUAUGGACUCGCUGAGCGGCAAGAGUGGUUUCUUCGAAGGGAAAGGAGCUUCGAGCCUUAUGGGUGGUGGAUACAACCCACUCGGCUUCAAUCCCCUCACACCUCCGGGAUAUUCAGGUCUCCUGAUUCCACCACCACCACCACAGCAUCAGCUGCCUCCGCAACAGCAGCAACAGCAGCAGCGUCUAGCAACACCGAACCGUAUGUACGGUAAUGGCACCGGCAAGGUAGAUCUCGCCUCACUGACCCCUACACACACACCACCGAUGGACGUAACGCCACCGAAAUCGCCCAAGGAACCGCUCGAGACACCCACCAAGGAGGAAGAACCGGGCUCGGACUGUGAGGAUGGGUCGUACGAUGGGAGCGAAGAUGAGGAGGGCAUCCGAAAGCCCAAGGUAAACUCCCACGGACAGGUGAAGAAGUUCCGCUGCAAGCAGUGUGACUUCAUUGCCGUGACGAAGCUCAGCUUCUGGGAGCACACCCGAUCGCACAUUAAGCCGGAGAAAAUGCUCACCUGCCCCAAGUGCCCGUUCGUGACGGAGUACAAACAUCAUCUGGAGUAUCAUCUGCGCAAUCACCAGCGUUCGAAACCAUUCCAGUGUCCGAAGUGUAGCUACAGCUGUGUGAACAAGUCCAUGCUGAACUCCCACAUGAAAUCGCACUCGAAUGUGUUCCAGUACAGGUGCGCCGAUUGUAACUACGCCACCAAGUACUGCCAUUCGCUGAAGCUUCAUCUGCGGAAGUACGCACACAAGCCGGAUGUGGUGCUUAAUCUGGAUGGUACACCGAACCCGCUGCCCAUCAUCGAUGUGUACGGGACGCGCCGUGGUCCGAAGGCGAAGCCUCAGAAGAACGCCGAGAAGCUGCUCCAGAAACAAGAACAGCAGCUUCAGCAGCAACAGGCUCAGCAACAGUCAAACAAGCAGCAAGAAUCGUUGAACAGCAGCUCAGGCAAUUCCGGAGAUCAAACCGCUCCACUAACGCCACUAAGCCAGCAGGGCAUGACAACAGCUCCGACGACUCCCUUCACCCCUCCAGGAACUGGUCAAACGAAUGGGCUGAUGCGGAACCUCUUCCCGCACCAACUGUUCCCGAACCCAUUGGCGCACAUGUUCAAGAAUGCGGCCGCCAACGGUAACUUGCCACUGUUCCCGUACCUGAACCUCAACUUCCAGAUGUUUGCCGACCAGCAGGCCGGUCUGACACAGCUCUCCCCGAGAAGCUUCCAGCAGAACCUGAUGAAUCAGCUCACAGGAGAGAAGCUUAAUGGGAGUGCUAGCAGUGGCUCGGACCAUGACAAUGACCUCUCGGUGAAGACUACCUCCAGCGGCGGUUCGCUUGGUGAGGAACUGUUGAAGCAGAUCACCGCCGCAGCUGCCGAUAGUUCAGCGUCUGCCGCGGGAAGGAACACACUCCCGCUGGAGGACAGUGAGCCGGAAACGGCUUCAUCCGCACUGCUCCAACCCCCGUUCGAUGAAUUCCAACCGUCCGCGACUACGAACCCCCGUACCCCGUCGACCACCGGCAAAGGUGAGCGAAGUCGUCGCAAGGGUCGUGCCUUCAAGCUGGAGCGUCUUACCGAACCGGCCACCUCUUCAGCCGGCUCGACCGAUAUGGACACGCAGUUCGACAAGGAACCGGUGACGGUGACACCGACCGCAGCGGUUUCGCGUGACUCACCGGUAACGCCGCCCAAGGAACGAUCGCUCGAGUGUAAGUACUGCGACAUUGCGUUCCGGGACGAUGUGCUGUACACGAUCCACAUGGGUUACCAUGGUUACGACGAUGUGUUCAAGUGUAACAUGUGCGGCGAGAAGAGCGAAGAUCGGAUCGCAUUCUUCCUGCACAUUGCCCGUAAGGCACACUGAUGGUGUAUACGGGCGGUAACCACGAACGGCGAUGGUGGCGUACCGAAUCGUGUCCACUGUGGUAAUGGCAUACAGGGACAUGCGGGAUACUCUCUACCUGAUAAGUAUUUAUUUAUUGUAGCAUGCAUGCAGAAUUGAUGAACAGCGGGAGGGCGAUCAGUUUUGUUGGGUGUAUGGAAAUAGUUGUUUUCGCAAUGGCAGAAGCUAGUCGCCGAACGUUCUUCGCAGGAAACGUUGUUAGUAGGCAGUUCGAUUAAGGUGCGGUAGGGAAGUUGUGCAAGUGUCACUAAUAGCCUGCCCUCAAAAACAAUCCAAAGACUGAGUGGAGAUGUGAAUGAAGUAGAAACCGAAGAGCGCGAUGCAGAGAGAGAGAGAGAGAGAGAGAGAGAGAGAGAUAUGGACUACUAAGGCAGGAAUUAGAAAGUUGCUAUAGUGGGUAAGAACCGAACCGUGGCGAAACGAGCAAAGAAUCAAAGAUAUUCGUAGUGUAAACGUUACCAAUUAAGGAGGACAUUUUUUUUGCGGGCUACCAGGUAAGAGAUUGUUACGAACUUCUUUAGGGUAGAACUUUAGGAUUAUUUAUACUGGUUGACGGUGCACACAAUAAAGCAAAACCAUAUUAAAUACAUCA